AUGGCGAACCACAGCGACACCUCCUGGAGCGACGUCGAGAAAACCCAUCACAGCGCCGACGUCACGGCCACCAGCACCCCGCCCAAUGAAUCCGAGGCUCCUCCGCGCGACCUCAAAGGAUGGAAGUGGAUUGUUGUCGUGCUGUCAAUCUUGAGUUCGUCGUUCCUUUUUGCACUCGACAACACCAUCACCGCCAAUAUCCAAGCCGAAAUCGUUCGAGACUUUGAGGCCGUCAAUAAAUUAUCAUGGAUUAGUGUUGGGUUGGUCAUGAGUGCUUCCGCCACUGUGCUUCUUUGGGGAAAGAUCUUUUUUCAUUUCAACACGAAAUGGACCUACAUCAUCAGCGUCGCAGUCUUCGAGAUCGGAUCUGCGGUUUGCGGAUCAGCACCUAAUAUGGAUGCCCUCAUCGUGGGCCGAGUGCUCUGUGGCAUCGGUGGAUCUGGGCUAUACAUCGGUGUGAUCACACUUUUAGCUGCCACCACCACACUGCAAGAGCGGCCAAUGUAUGUAGCCAGCACCGGUAUGACUUGGGGUCUCGGCAUGGUCCUCGGCCCAAUUGUGGGAGGAGGCUUCAGCCAGAGCUCUGUCGGCUGGCGUUGGGCUUUCUACAUCAAUUUGUUGGUUGGAGCGGCCUGUGCACCGGUCUACCUCUUUCUCAUCCCGAACAUCGACCCCCGCAAGGGAGCCUCUCUCAGUGCCCGAGUCCGUGAGAUCGAUUGGCUGGGAAGUAUUCUCAACCUUGGUGCUUUCCUAUCCGGUGUUAUGGCUAUCUCCUUCGGUGGCUUGACCUGGGCCUGGGGAAGCGGGAAUAUCAUCGGCUUGUUCGUCUGCUCUGGCGUCCUGUUCACUUUGCUUGGCUUGCAACAGGCCUACACUAUCUGUACCACCGUUACCCAGCGGAUUUUGCCACUGGAAUUCUUCAAGUCACGGACGAUGCUCAUUCUCUUCGCCAGCACGGCGGCAGCCGGUACGGCCUGUUUCGUCCCCGUCUACUUCGUUCCACUCUUCUUCCAGUUCACCCGAGGCGAUGGUCCGCUUGACGCCGGUGUUCGGCUCCUGCCUUUUAUCAUUCCUUGCAUUGUCAUGAUCUGUGUCAAUGGUGGCGUAAUGUCUGCAUAUGGUCUAUACAUGCCGUGGUACACCUUCGGAGGCGCUCUCGUGCUCGCCGGUGGCGCCCUUUUCUACACUGUCGGUGCUGACACAAGUGCUGCGCAUAUCUACGGAUACAGUAUCCUUACCGGCCUUGGCACUGGAAUGUAUCUUCAAGCCUCGUUCUCGGUUGCGCAAGCUUCUGUCGCCCUUGAUAUGGUGGCUAGUGCCUCGGGAUUCAUCACCUGUGCCCAGGUUGUUGGUACUACCAUCGCUUUGGCCAUCGCCAACAGCGUGUUCUUGAACGAGUCGCAACAGAGCAUCAUUCACCUUCUGCCCAAUAUAUCGCUUCAGGAAGUUGAGGCCGUGAUUUCGGGUACAUCGCCCCUCGUCUCAUCCUUGCCUGCUACUGAGAAAGCCAAGGUUCAGUCGGCUAUUGUGGACGCUAUGGGCGAGACAUACAUACUUGUUAUUGUUGCUGGUGCACUCACUCUACUGCUUGGUUUGGCUAUGAAGCGUGAACGUCUAUUUUUGCAGCCCGGUGCUGCUGCAUAG